AUGGCUACCCCCAGUGUUCUCGCUUUUGACGCUGAGGGUCGAGCCAUUAACUUUGAGGUUUGGGUAGAUGACCUGCAGCUUUUCCUACAGUGUGACAGGGCAGACGGUCUCUCCCUCUUUCAUCUCACCUCUGGCGCCUCUCCUGCCCUUGCUGCUGACGCUGACGCCACUGUUCACUCCCAGUGGGCCACGCACGAUGCUGCUGCACGUCUUGCUGUGCGUCGCCACCUGCCUACCACAAAGCGCGCACACUUUAGUCAGUACAAGAGUGCUCAGACCUUUCGGUCGGUGCGGCGUCUGCCCCUAGCGGGAGACGCCGCUCUGGCUAGGGCAAGGGGGGCAAGGGCGCGGUUGGAGCUAGUGGGGGUGGUGGAGGUGGCGGUGGAGGCGGCGGAGGGAGUGGGGGUGGCGGUGGGAGUGGUGGCGGGGGUGGAGGUGUCAGUGGCAGCAGCGGAGGCGGAGGCGGCGGAGGCGGUAGCGGUGGGAGCGGAGGCGGCGGUGGUGGCAGAGGUGGAGGCAGCGGUGGCGGAGGAGGUGGAGCUGGUUGGGGUGGUGCUUCGCAGCGGAGCGGCUCCGGUGGUGCGUCAGCGUGGUGGGGUUUUUGGUCCGUGCACCUACGUCCUUCACUCCGGCGACCGCGGGGGUGAGCAGUGUGGGGGUGCCCACCCCACCCAAGGCUGCUUUGGCCGCCUGAUGGACGCUUGGCGUCAGCAGUUCCCAGAGGCUGGUGAGAUCCCCCGCUGGGGAGAGCUGUCUAGGGCAGGUGUUGCUAUCUAUGAUCUUGACUUUGAUGCUAUCCUUGCUGCCAUGUAUGCUGUGACUAUUAGUGAUGAGGGUGACUGUUACCGGUGUUUCCCGCCCAACCCGGGCAUUGGUACUGCUGCGCUAGGUGCUAGUGAGGCUACUGCUCUAGGUGCCAGUGCGUCUGCGCCCUCAGGUACUGGUGAGGCUGCGCUCUCAGGUACCGCGUCGGCUUCGGCCUCCCUCACCUUCACACUUGACUCAGGGGCUUCUCGCUCCUUCUUUCGAGACUGCACCACACUCACGCCGCUUGGUCGGCCGGUUGCAGUCUCCCUGGCAGACCCCUCUGGGGGUCCUGUCCUCUCUCACUUCUCUACUGUCCUCUCGUGUCCGGCUGCCCCCUCGGGCACCUUGUCUGGUCUUUACCUCCCCUCGUUCUCUACGAACUUGGUGAGUGGUGCUGAUCUCCAGGAUGCAGGGGUUCACCUGUUUACUCCUGCGAGGCCUCGUCCUUCCUGUGUCCCUUGUGUCGAGGGGCGGCUCCGGGCUGCCCCUCACUCCUCUCAGUUUCCCCCGACAGAGGCCCCGCUGCAGACGCUUCACAUGGACGUGUGGGGCCCGGCCCGCGUCCGUGGACAGGGUCACGAGCGCUACUUCCUGUUGGUGGUUGACGACUACUCGCGUUACACCACAGUCUUCCCCUUGCGCAGCAAGGGUAAUGUCACUGAGGUGUUGAUCGACUGGAUCCGCGCAGCUCGUCUCCAGCUCAGGAGGAGCUUCGGCUCGGACUUUCCUGUUCUGCGUCUGCACUAUGACCGAGGCAGAGAGUUCUCCUCUGGCCUUUUGCGAGCCUACUUCCGUGCGCGAGGCAUCCGCCAGACUUUUAAGCUUUCGAACUCUACACAGCAAAAUGGGAUUGCUGAGCACCGCAUUGGCAUGGUCAUGGACGUCGCUCGUACGUCCAUGAUGCAUGCGGCUGCCCCCCAUUUUCUGUGGCCGUUUGCGGUUCGGUACGCGGCGCAUCAGAUCAACCUUCACCCAAGGGUCUCCAGGCCGGAGACCUCCCCAUCCUUGCUGUGGACGAGGAAGGUUGGCGAUGCGUCUGUGUUCCGUGUCUGGGGAUCUCGGGCGUUUGUCCGCGACUUGUCUGCGGACAAGCUGUCCCCUCGUGCUGCUCUUUGUGUCUUCCUAGGCUUCCCCCUUGACGCCCCUGGGUGGCAGUUCUACCACCCCACCUCUCAUCGUGUUCUAUCCUCCCAGGACGUAACGUUCGAUGAGUUAGUCCCCUACUACCACCUCUUCCCCUACCGCACUCCUUUCCUCCCCCCGCCACCGCACUUCCUUGUGACAGGUCCCCCCCCGGUAGACCCACUCCCCCCUCAGGGUCCUGCCCCUUCAGGUGUGUCCCAGGUAGACGCGGUCGAGCCGGUCGAGGUUGCUGGUGACUCUGGUACUGCUGCGGGUGCUGAGCCUGGGGGUGCUAAGUCUGGGGGUGGUGCAACUGGUGGUGCUGAGCCUGGGGGUGCUACGACUGGGGGUGCUGAGCCUGGGGGUACAGCGACUGGGGGUGCUGAGCCCGGGGGUGCUACGACUGGGGAUGCUGAGCCUGGGAGUCCUUUGCCUGGGGGUGCUACGUCUAGAGCUGCUCCGCCUGAGGGUGCGGAGCCAGCGGCCGCUGGACCUGCUCGUGUGGCGUCUAGCGGUGCUGGGCCUGGCGGUUCUCCUGGUUCUUCUCUGCGGGAGCCAAUCUCCCCACAGGAGCUACGCGAGUGGUUUGCCCGCGCUGGAGGCGUACUGCUGGAGCUGGAGCUUAUUCGGUCACUGUGGGUGCUGGUACCGCUGGUCCCGGAGGUGCUCUUUCGACUGGAGCUGGAGCUGCUGAGGGUGUUGGUGCUAAGGCUACUGUUGUCAGUCCUGACGGCGGUCCCGCUGUGGGUGCUGCUGGAGCUGCUGGAGGUACUGCAACUAGAGGUGCUGUUGGCGUUGGUGCUGCCGCUGAGGGUGCGGGUGCUGUCCCUUCUGUGUCUGGAGUCGCCGCGCGGCCUCGACCGUACUUCGUUCCGCUCCUUCAGCAGGUUCUUGGUCUUUCUCCUCCUGUAG